AUGUCUCAGAACUACGAUGUCGGUACGAGGGCAUGGCAGCCCGAUGCCACCGAGGGCUGGGUCGCGUCCGAGGUUGUCAACAAGACUGUCGACGGUAAUAAGGUCAAGCUGGUCUUUAAGCUUGACAGCGGCGAGGAAAAGACGAUAGACGUCACCGUCGAGGCCCUUCAGAAUGGCGAUUCUUCCUUACCCCCGCUCAUGAACCCGACCAUGCUAGAAGCGAGCGACGAUUUGACGAAUUUGUCCCAUCUCAACGAGCCUGCCGUCCUGCAGGCCAUUCGUCUUCGAUAUGCACAGAAAGAGAUUUAUACAUACAGUGGUAUCGUCCUGAUUGCUGCGAACCCGUUCGCUAGAGUAGACUCUCUUUACGUGCCCGGCAUGGUCCAGGUGUAUGCGGGCAAACAGAGGGCGACACAAGCACCGCAUCUGUUCGCUAUUGCUGAGGAGGCUUUCAUUGACAUGGUGCGGAGCGGCAAAAACCAGACCGUUGUUGUGUCGGGCGAGUCUGGUGCUGGUAAGACAGUCAGCGCAAAGUACAUCAUGCGCUACUUCGCGACCAGAGAAUCCCCUGACAACCCGGGAACGCGAUCCAAGAAGGGAGCCGAGGCUAUGAGCGAGACGGAAGAGCAGAUUUUGGCUACGAACCCAAUCAUGGAAGCCUUCGGCAACGCAAAGACGACGCGUAACGACAACUCCUCACGUUUCGGCAAGUACAUCGAGAUCAUGUUUGACGAAAAGACCAACAUCAUUGGCGCCAAGAUUCGCACUUACCUUCUGGAGCGAUCCAGGCUGGUUUUUCAACCUCUCAAAGAGCGCAACUAUCACAUCUUCUACCAAUUGGUAGCAGGUGCUUCGGAGACCGAGCGUCAACAGCUGAACAUUCUUCCAAUCGAGCAGUACGAGUAUUUGAACCAGGGCAACUGCCCCACAAUUGAUGGAGUCGAUGACCAGGCUGAAUUCGAGGCAACCAAGAGUUCUCUGAAGACCAUUGGUGUGACGGAGGCUCAGCAGUCCGAAAUCUUCAAGCUCUUGGCUGGUUUGCUCCACCUGGGAAAUGUCAAGAUCGGAGCGUCGCGUAACGAUAGCGUUCUUGCGCCGACGGAACCGUCCCUGGAGCUAGCCUGCUCGAUUCUGGGCGUCAAUGGGGCUGAAUUCGCCAAAUGGAUUGUCAAAAAACAGCUGGUCACGAGGGGCGAGAAGAUCACGUCCAACCUUACGCAAGCUCAAGCUAUUGUCGUUCGAGAUUCCGUUGCCAAGUUUAUCUAUUCCAGCCUGUUUGACUGGCUCGUCGAGAUCAUCAACAUGAGUUUGGCGACUGAGGAUGUCCUGAACCGCGUUACCUCUUUCAUUGGUGUGCUCGAUAUCUACGGCUUCGAACACUUUGCGAAGAACUCGUUCGAGCAAUUUUGCAUCAACUACGCCAAUGAAAAGCUGCAACAGGAAUUCAACCAGCAUGUCUUCAAGCUGGAGCAGGAAGAAUACCUCAGAGAGCAAAUCGACUGGACAUUCAUCGAGUUCUCAGACAACCAGCCCGCCAUUGACUUGAUCGAGGGUAAACUCGGUAUCCUGUCUUUACUGGACGAAGAGUCCCGUCUGCCGAUGGGCUCAGAUGAACAAUUCGUCAUGAAGCUGCACAAUCAGUACGGAACCGACAAGCACAAAUUUUAUAAGAAGCCGAGGUUUGGAAAGUCUGCCUUCACAGUUUGCCACUAUGCGGUGGACGUCACCUACGAGUCGGAGGGAUUCAUUGAGAAGAAUCGUGAUACUGUUCCGGACGAGCACAUGGCUGUCCUCCGCGCCAGCACAAACGACUUCCUCCGCAACGUUCUCGAUGCUGCCGCUGCCGUUAGAGAGAAGGAUGUGGCAUCUGCCUCGUCCAGCUCCGUGAAGCCCGCUGCUGGUAGGAAAAUUGGCGUGGCUGUCAACAGGAAGCCGACUCUAGGAGGCAUUUUCCGCUCCUCGCUGAUUGAGCUCAUGAAUACCAUUAACAACACGGAUGUGCACUACAUUCGUUGUAUCAAGCCCAACGAGGCCAAAGAGUCGUGGAAGUUCGAGGGCCCAAUGGUUCUUAGCCAGCUGCGAGCUUGCGGUGUUCUCGAGACUGUGCGUAUAAGUUGCGCUGGUUACCCCACAAGAUGGACUUACGAGGAAUUCGCUCUUCGGUACUACAUGCUUGUCCAUUCCGACCAGUGGACAUCAGAGAUUCGAGAGAUGGCCAACGCUAUCCUGUCCAAGGCCCUAGGUUCUAGCUCUGGAAAAGGUACGGAUAAGUAUCAGCUGGGCCUCACCAAGAUCUUCUUCCGUGCUGGCAUGCUUGCUUUCCUUGAAAACUUGCGCACUAGCCGCCUGAACGACUGCGCAAUCCUCAUUCAGAAGAAUCUUCGCGCCAAGUUCUAUCGCAACCGCUACCUCGAGGCUCGCAACGCUAUCGUGACUUUUCAGUCCGCCGUGCGAGCGUACAUUGCCCGAAAGCAAGCCCAGGAACUCCGCACUGUCAAGGCAGCAACAACAAUUCAGCGGGUUUGGCGUGGCCACAGGCAAAGAAAAGAGUACUUACGCAUCAGGAACGAUGUCGUCCUGGCGCAAGCGGCGGCCAAAGGUUACCUUCGAAGAAAAGAAAUCAUGGAGACCCGCGUAGGCAACGCUGCUAUCCUCAUUCAGCGAGUGUGGCGGUCUCGUCGACAGGUGCUUGCUUGGAGGCAGUACCGGAAGAAGGUCACUCUUAUUCAGAGCUUGUGGCGUGGAAGAAUGGCUAGGCGUGACUACAAGAAGGUCCGCGAGGAGGCUCGUGAUCUGAAGCAGAUUUCCUACAAGCUGGAAAACAAGGUCGUCGAGCUGACACAAUCUUUGGGUUCCAUGAAGACUCAGAACAAGAACUUGGUAUCUCAAGUUGAAAAUUACGAGGGCCAGAUCAAGGCAUGGAAGAACCGCCACAACGCUCUCGAGGCUCGCACGAAAGAGCUUCAAACGGAAGCCAACCAGGGAAGCAUUGCAGUCGCCAGGCUGCAGGCAAUGGAGGACGAGAUGAAGAAGCUCCAGCAGAGCUUCGAAGAGUCAACUUCCAACAUCAAGAGAAUGCAAGAGGAGGAGCGGGAGCUGAGAGAGUCCCUGCGCUCCACAAGCACCGAGCUGGAGACUGUCCGACAGCAGAGCGCCCAAAUCGAAAGCGAAAAGCUGUCCUUACGCCAACAGUUAGCCGAGCUUCAAGAUCAGUUGGAGCUGGCGAGGAGACUUGCUCCUGCCAACGGCGAGCUAACCAACGGCGCCGCUCAAGCGCAGGCCUCGGCUGCCAGCGGUCUCAUCAACCUCGUUUCCUCUAAGAAGCCCAAGCGCCGCAGCGCCGGUGCCGAGCCGCGAGAGAUGGAUCGCUUCAGCGCUGCGUACAACCCUCGACCCGUCUCCAUGGCCGUUACCAGUACCGCCUUGAGGCAGAAUCUCCAAGGCGCUGGUGGCUUCACACCCAAUGUGGACAACAUCGAGCUAGAGCUGGAGACUCUCCUAGCCGACGAGGAUGGUCUGAACGAGGAGGUCACCAUGGGUCUCAUCCGCAAUCUCAAAAUCCCUUCCCCCAACACAAACCCCCCGCCAUCCGACAAGGAGGUUCUUUUCCCUUCGUACCUCAUCAACCUCGUCACUUCGGAAAUGUGGAAUAAUGGCUUUGUGAAAGAAUCUGAGCGUUUCCUAGCCAACGUCAUGCAGUCUAUACAGCAGGAGGUCAUGCAACAUGACGGCGACGAGGCCAUUAACCCGGGUGCCUUCUGGUUAUCCAAUGUCCACGAGAUGCUGUCCUUUGUCUUCCUCGCGGAAGACUGGUACGAGGCCCAGAAGACGGAUAACUAUGAGUACGACCGUCUUUUGGAAAUCGUCAAGCACGACCUUGAGAGCUUGGAAUUCAACAUUUACCACACUUGGAUGAAGGUGCUGAAGAAGAAGCUCCAUAAGAUGAUUAUUCCCGCCAUCAUCGAGUCUCAGUCCCUUCCAGGAUUUGUCACCAACGAGAGCAGUCGCUUCCUCGGCAAGCUUCUGCAGUCCAACUCGACGCCCGCUUACAGUAUGGACAACCUCCUCAGCCUGCUGAACAGCGUUUUCCGCGCCAUGAAGGCCUAUUACUUGGAAGACUCAAUUAUCACCCAAACGAUCACUGAGUUGCUCCGCCUGGUCGGCGUCACUGCCUUCAACGACCUGUUGAUGAGACGAAACUUCCUCUCCUGGAAGCGCGGUCUUCAGAUCAAUUACAAUAUCACUCGUAUUGAGGAGUGGUGCAAGAGUCAUGACAUGCCCGAGGGAACUCUUCAGCUGGAGCACUUGAUGCUAAAGAAGGCCACCUUGAAUGACAUCGAGAUCAUUCAGGACAUUUGCUGGAUGCUGUCGCCCAAUCAAAUUCAGAAGCUCUUGAACCAGUACCUCGUGGCAGACUACGAGCAGCCUAUCAAUGGCGAAAUCAUGAAGGCUGUAGCCUCUCGCGUGACGGAGAAGAGCGAUGUCUUGCUUCUGCAGGCUGUCGACAUGGACGAUAGUGGCCCAUACGAGAUUGCGGAGCCCAGAGUCAUCACUGCUUUGGAAACUUACACUCCCUCAUGGCUUCAAACACCGCGACUGAAGCGACUUGCUGAGAUCGUCUCAGCGCAGGCGAUUGCUCAGCAGGAGAAGUUGGACUACGACCCUGAGGACGGCUUCGAGCCCAAUGGCGACCUUGCCGAAGUUGACGAGAACGAGGUGGCGGCGUGA